AUGACUAGACAGGAUGUAAGUUUAAACAUUUUGGAAAAUGAGGUAAAUAGAGAUGGUAAAGCGGAAUUAAAUAACAAUGAAAGUCAAAAAAUAGAUAAGGGAGAAUUUUCAGGUUUUUCAGUUUUUCCUAUUACAACAAGGGUUCAUUCUCUACUUAGAAAUAAUGAUCAGUAUAUAUUUUUAAGGCAUAUAAUAAAAUUAGUGAGCUUGGAUAAUCUUUUAAAAAGUGGUCCAAAUAGGAUAAAUAUUGGCACAAAAAUAAGACAGCUAAUUGGAAAAUUCAUAAGUCAUCCUAUAGUAAGAGUAUGGUUUGCUCUUUUAACUUUGGUUGUAAUGAUUUUAAAUGAGAUUAGGCUGUUAUUUACUGAGUCAUAUACUGAUGAGGCCUUUAAAGGUAUCUUUGGUUUCAUUAUAGGUAAUAGGAUAAUUGAGAUUAUACUGUAUAUUAUCGCCAUGGAUGGAUAUUUAUACGUAUAUUUUAUAUUUGAUCUGUUCUCUUUGGCAUUAUUACUAGUUAACUUAAGUUAUUGUUUUUUAUCAUCUUUUACACCCGUUGAUGUACUUAAUAAUAACAUUGAUAAUUAUUACAUAUUUUCUCAAAUUAGAAAUUUUGGACCAAAUGCACAAAUUUCUCUUAUCACUUCUAUAACUCAAGCUUUUAGAUUUAUUUUAUUAUUUGAAGGUGAUAAUAUAUAUAACUUUAUUACAAACUAUAAUUCAUAUAAGGGAAUUAUCAUUGCACAAGAUUCUAAUAAUGCAUAUGAAAGAAAAUCUUAUUUUAUGUGUAAUUACAAUGAGAUGAAUAAUGGUUUAGUAGAUAAUUUAGAACAUGUGACAAAUAAAAAUAACUGUAAUCGAGGAAAUUUUAAGUUAUCAAAGAUUAUAGAGAAAAAAAUUGCGUUAUUUGCAUUAUUUGCAGUGAUAGUAUAUCCACUAUUUGUACCUGCAGUUUGGAUUUCUAUAAAUACAGCAGCAUUUUCUGGAGUUCAAGAUUUGGGCCAAUGGUCUAAUCUUAGAAAUCAAAAUCCAGGCGAUGAGACAUGGCCAAAUGCAUAUAUGAUUAGUCUUGCAUACUAUACAUAUAGAAAUAGUAUUGGUACCCCAUCUAAAUGGAUGAAAUUAGUUGCUAUUCAGGCACCAUUUCCAUUAAAUAACAAUCCUACAUGUCAUGGAUGCCCAAAAUCAAGUUUAGAGGUAAUAACGAAUGCUAUUUCUAUUAUAACAAGCUCUGAUAUACCCUCUUGGUUUAUUCAAAUAUUGUCCCUACCAACAAUAUCUCAAGGUAUAUCACUCAUACCAUUGGAAAAUUUCAAGAGUAUUAGAAAUUUCGCAUUAAGACAAUAUCAAAUGCAAAUAUGCAUGAGAACUGGACUAAAUGCUAUUGUAAGCCCAGAACUGAAAUGUCCGGAAGAUUUGAUUGCAAAUAUUACUGCUGUUUUUGAUAUAACAAAUAUGAUUCAAAUGGGGGCUGGACUAACUUUAGGAGUUGUCUUUAUCAGUUUUUUUGCAUUUUUGAUCUUUACUAUUGUUAUACAAAAAGUACUUGAUACGCAAGUCUAUAGCAUAGUGAACAAAAUUAACAGAACAUUAAUGGCUAUAUCAAAUAAUCCCCUUCUUGCUAUGAAUAUUUCAAGUAUGAAUAAAUUUUAUUAUGAAGAUAAUCAUUUAUAUAAUAAAAUGACUAACAAAACUACUAAAAUACAAUUAAACAAACAAUUCAAGAAAUUUGGUUCAAAGAAAAAUGAAGAUAUAGAUAAAUUUUCAACCAAUAUACUAGAGAAUACAUUUACUAAAUUGGGAACUCUUUUAGCUGUAGGAUUAGGAUCUGCUGGGGCAAAUAUAAUAGCUCAAAAUUUAAAAGAUGAUAGAGUUAAUAUCAAAAUUCCUGGGAAGGAAAUUACGGCUAUUUAUGGAUUUUGUGAUAUUAGAAAUUUUACAGAUGCAACAGAGGUUCUUGGAGAAAAAGUAAUGCCAUUUGUUAAUCAAGUAGCUGAAGUAGUCCAUGGAAUUGUUCAUGAAUUUGGAGGGGCAGCAAAUAAAAAUGUUGGUGAUGCAUUUUUAUUUGUUUGGAAGUCAGAGUCCAAAUGGGUUGAUAUGAAAAACUUACAGGCUGAUAUGGCAGUCAUGUCAUUUAUACAAGUAAUCAUUGAGAUUGCAACAUGUAAGAAAUUUAUUAAAUAUUCGUCAAAUAGAUUACUUCAAGAACGUCUACCAAAUUAUAAGGUCACAUUGGGGUUUGGACUGCACUUUGGGUGGGCUAUUGAAGGUGCUAUUGGAUCUGAGCUUAAAAUUGAUGCAUCAUAUUUAUCACCAAAUGUUAACUUGGCCUCAAGACUUGAGGAAGCAACUAAACAUUAUAAAGUACAUUUAUUAUUUUCUCAGCAAGUAUUUGAACAGUUAUCUAUUUCAAUGAAAUGCUACUGUCGUCUUGUAGAUUGUGUAACUCUUAAAGGAAGCAUUACUCCAUUGUAUCUUUAUACGAUAGAUAUUGAUACAGAUCUAUAUACAGAUAUUAGUUCAGAUAACAAUUUCGAAAAUAUAGAAGAUAAUGAUGAAAGUAUAUUUGAAAGAACAAGAAGACAUGAAAUGAUGCAGCAAGCAGAUUUUAGAAUUCACAGCUUAUUUCAUACAAGUGUUAUAUUAAAACAAAUGAGAGCUCACCUUUUUGAAGAUUUUCAGCAAAUAUAUGAAAAAGGGAUUCAAUAUUAUUUAUCAGGAGAAUGGGAUAAAUCAAGAGAAAUAUUGCAAUAUCUCGAUAAUGAAUGUAUGAAAAGGUGGAAUAAACCUGAUGGUCCUACUCAAACCAUCUUAAAAUAUAUGGAAUCUUAUCAGUAUAUUGCACCAUGUGAUUGGAAAGGUUUCCGAAAGUGGGAUGAGAAAUAA